AUGGCGUGGUUCAAGGAAGCUCUCACAAAGGCGGUGCAGCAGGCGAGCGAGGAGUAUCAGAGGGAGAGGGCGAGGCAGCAGCAAGGUCAACAGCAGAGUUCACCUGGAGGUUCUGGGCAGCGACAACAUCAGUCUCAGUACCAGCAGCCUCAGUCGCCUUAUGGACAACCUCAGGCUCAGUAUCAGCAACAGUAUCAGCAACCUCAGCCCCAACAGCAAUAUCAAUAUCAACAACCGCAGUAUCAGCACGUUCCGCCUCCGCCGCCAUAUGGCCCGACCAGUCCCCAGCAGCCUCAAGGUCUACCGCAGGUCCAGGCACAGGCUGAAGCACAGUUACAAGCUUACAGAGCGCAAGUAGCCCGAGAUCAAGCCGAGGCCGAAGCACAACAGCUUGAGGCGCAGUGGCGCGAAGCAGAGAGGCUGGCAGCACAGUAUAAGGCCCAGUACGAAGCGCAGAUGAAGAACGCAGAGGAGGAGAUGGCUAGGCUGAAUCUCGAAGCAGAGAAGCAACAGCGACAAGCGCAAGAUGAACUGGCUGUGUUGAAUGCAGAGGAGGCUAAGCAGCAACAACGCGCCGAGGAAGAGAUCAUAAGGGAGCAGCAGAGACUUCUGGAUGAGAUCCAGAAGGCCAAGGAGGAAACAGAAGUUGCGCCACCACUGCCGAGGAGACCGGUUUCUAUGGUUGGAACAGGCCAGCCGCAAUCAUAUCAACCUCCUCCCAGCCAUCAAAGUUCAUAUCUCUCGCCUGCUCCGGGUGCAUCGAGUCAUCCACCACCGAGUCCUUCACAGGCGCAUCCUUCUCAGCCAGUGCAGGGGCAGCCAACUCCUUCGGCUCCCCAAAGCACUUUUCAGUCGCCAUCAUUACCGCCUAGAAUAUCUCCAGACCAACCAGUAGUCAACCCAUCGCAGCAGCAGGUCCCUCAUUAUCCACCACCCCCACCAAGUCCUUCACAGCCCCAACCUCAGGCCCCAUACGCUUCAGCUCCCCCGCCGCCUCAGACAAGCCUAGCUCGAGGAGAGAGCAGGGACUCGCAUCUUUCACCAGCCCCAAGUCAGGGGGUGACAAGCCCUUCACAGACCCCUUACUAUCCGCCUCCUCCACCAAGUCUCCCACCUCGAGAACAGACAAACCCGGCCCAGGAUGAUCAAAACUUGCAUCCAUCACCGGCUCCAAAUCAAGGGGUGACGAGUCCUUCCCAAGCUCCUUACUUUUCACCACCACCGGACUCUUCCAGCCAGCCAGCACACAGUCCUCAACAGCAACCUCAAGCUUCACCCCAUGUCUCCCAGCCUAGACGAGAAGCCACUCCUACUCGCACCAAAACACCUCGCGUCCACACACCGGGACCACCACAAGAACACGCCUCCGGCGCAAAGCCACUCCCGCAAUGCUCCUCAGCUACAACAUCAGCACCACAGCAUUGGUUCUUUCACCCUACGGUACCCGAGUUCACCAUUUGCGCCUGGUGCUACAUCAAACACAUCUACGACUCCAGAUUCCGGGACUCUUUCACCAAGGUGUACUGUGAUGACAAGGAACAACGCAGGUGUCGCUUCUCAUCACGUCGUCUCACAGAAACACUCUUCCCUGAAGCCAUCAACUCAGGUAGUCUGGAUGAGUGUGUGACCUUUAUGAAGAAACGAAUGACCAUCAGAGACUGCCUCGAACAAAUACAGACAGAAGGAGAUUCCUGGUACACGGCGUCCGAUGUCCCCAACAGCACCCUCUGUCAAGCCUGCUUCGAGGACGGCGUCAGCGGGACAUCCUUUGCAAAGCACUACCAGCUCCAGACCGUCCAGGGAGCGUGCUACUGCGACUCAACAGUCUGGUUCCUCAAACGCAAGUUAUCAGAGUACCUCAAAGAGGACAACUGGGCAAAGUUUGCAGGGGAGAUGAGCGUGAGGGUGACAUUACCCCCAUGUCCACAGAUGGAAGACAUCAAGGCAAACGACCGUCAAUGGUACAAGCCCAAACUCAAUAACGGACCUUCCAGUCUCCAGGCAUGCGUGACCUGCUUCUUUGACUACUUUUACCGGUCCGAGGAUGAAGAUUUGUUUGAGCAGGUCACUGGAGGAGACUUUGGGACGCGGUGCACAAUGGGCCAGGUCAACCACCUUAUCCCAAUGCGUCAGGCACUCGCCGACGAGGAUAGGAGCCUCUUCUGGAAAGCCGCCUUUGAAGUCGACAAGCAUCCCUUCUGCCACAAAGAAGGCAUCAAGGGCGGAACUUGGUACACGCUGCCCGGCGAUACACCAGGUUGGGGAAUAUGCGGCGCCUGCUACGAAGGCGUCAUAAAGACCGUCGGCGGGUCACGUUGGUUCAUCCAAGACAAAGAAGUAUCUCAAGACGAGACGUAUCUCUGCUGCUUCAACAUGAACCACGCCCGCGUACAGGGGAGUCUCCAAGCCUACGACAACGCUCACAAUCUAGGUGACUGGAAGCUUCUGGCCGAUUAUGCUGCAAAAUGGACAAACGUGAGACCAUGUCCCCGAGCAAAGCUCAAGUCUGGCAAGAACCGUCCGUGGUGGGGAUGGGGUGUGUUGGCCAUCUGCGAAGAAUGCUAUCUCAACUUUGCCCAGGGGACAGCACUCGAACCUCGAUUUCCACUCAAGGGCGCGAGGGAGCCGGAUAACGAGAGGAUGUGCGAUCUCUUCUCGCCUCGUAUGAGGGGGUUGUACACCGAAGCGUGCAAGACGGGUGAUCUCGAGGGCCUACUGGCAAUUGCAGAGCAGAGACACGUUAUCUACACGCAGACAAUCAUGCAGGCCGAGCAGAUCCUGGUACAACAACGGUUAGCAGUGAUGAAGGCUCAAUAUCUGGGUCAACAGGGGACUUUUUACAAAAGUCUAGGCUGGUCGCAAGAUGCAGUCAUGGGCCAUAGCUACACAGUAGGAAACUCGUACGCCGGGUACGGACACGCGAACUCAUUCGUGAUGCAAGGCCAUGCCUACGAUCGACAAGCCAGCGAGAUGAGAUCUCAAGUUGGAGGAGGUAGUGUCCUUCAAGUUGGUAUGUUAGAAGCGAGGUGGAAAGAAGUCGAGUGA